UCUGUAAGUGGUUGGCCCACAACUGUAAAUCUGAAUCCUCUUCUCAUUUUACAGACUUUCAAAUGCAACCAAAGGAAAGUGAAGGAGGAGAAUGAUGGUGAUCCCAUGGGUGAACAUUUACAUCGCUUCACCAUGAAAUUCAGUCCUACUGACAGCAAUGAAUUCGCAAUUGCCUGUGAUCGACCUCGCACAGUGCUGGAGGCCAUAAAAUCAACUGAGAAUUAUAGUAAGAAGAUGAGGAAGUGUGCAGAUGAAAACAUUGUGAUUCAGCUGGGUAAAGAGGAUAAGGCAUCUAUUGUUGCAACACAUUUCCCUUGUACUUGUAUCAGGGAAGGUGAGUCUCUGAUCAUAUCAUGUGAGCCAGAGAUAGUUGAGGCAGCCAAAGACCAACUAUACAACCCAAUACAGUCAAGAGACAAAUAUUCUGUCUUCUACAUAGAUAGAGAGGGAGGGCUGUACACCAAACAAAAGAAGCUUUUUAGAAACACUGCUGUCAAACAGUUCAAGUAUCUGGUUGUCUAUGGGGAGAAGGGGAUGACUGUGAAAGAGGCUCUGAUAAGGGACGGUCGCUUCAUUGAUGACCUCGGUGUCUUUGAGCUGUCUGACAAUGACAAUCCAAGCUGCCUCACUGAAUAUACACAGAAGGUUGACAUCCUAGAUCAAAAAGAAUUCAAGAUACGUCUUCCACGGAGCAAGAGAACAAGUGAUGAAAAACAGCAGGAAAACUCUGGUGCAUCAAAUGGUUCAUACAAGUGUGACAGAACACCAGUCUUAGAUGUAGUAAAGCAGAAAGGAAUCAGUGUCCAAACAGCAGUGGCAAAGGCAGACAGCAACAACACUGCAGAGAUUUAUGAAAAGCUGCGUCAGCAGUUUCCAGCUCUGAAAGAAUGGAUGGAGAAAAGAUUCCCUGAAAAGUCUUAUCAGACAGCACUGAACUUAAAGAAGGAAAACUUUGGAAAGAUCCAACAUUCAUUCAGUGAAGUUCACAGAGUCAGGAAGCUGCUAAAACUGGGCGACUCAGUCUGCAAAGUGGUUGUUGAAGAUGUUAGUGAGGGAACAGGCUUUGUGUUGUUUGACAACUUCAUCUUGACAAACGCUCACCUGUUCAAAGGCUGUGUUGAAGGACAAAAGCUGAUGGAGGGUACAGAAGUGUCUGUUUUCUUUAACUAUGAAGAUCCUAUGCCGUACACAAAUUACAGCUACUUCCAGCUGGCCGACUCUUACAUCUGCUACAGUGAGGGUGAGCUAGAUUACGCCGUACUUGAGCUCAAGCCUGAGGGACAGAAGUUCAACCAACCAGCACAAACAAAGCAAAUAAAGGUGCCCCCAGGGCUCCUGAAGAUAUUUGGUCCGAUGCCUCCGAAUGGUGAAGCCUGUCUGAUUGGUCACCCAGCAGGAGGACUGAAAAAAAUGGAUCCAACCUGUAUCAUUGAGAAAGAGAAGAGGGAGCAGGCUGUCAGUGAUCACUUACAUCCACACAAAGACAGUCUUUUCAUUGUCCACUCAAUCAGUCACCUUCUCAAAAAGCAAGGCAUUGACAAUAUAAUGAUGGGUGGAAGUCGAGCUGAAAAUGUAGCAACCUACAACACUUUCAUGUAUCACGGCUCUUCUGGCUCCCCAGUGUUUGAUGCUCACGCCCGAGUGUUUGGUUUGCACACCGCAGGAUACACAUAUGGGUUUCCAAACCACACAGAGAGUGUGAUAGAGUUCGCCCAACCUCUGCUCACUAUAUUUAAACACUUUGUGAGCAAGCUGAAGGAAACUAGAGAUGAGAAGCUGUUGAAGAGAGUUGAGAAAGAGGCAAAGGGAAACCCACACCUUAAAAGGGUUUUCAGUUGCAUGGGCACUUGCACCGAUGUCCCAGCAGACAGUGAUGAGCUAUCAGCAGACAGUGAUGAGCCAAUGCAGACUGAAUAGGUAGUAGAAUAGAAGAGAAGAGAAUAGAAAGAACUUCAGCUUCAGUUUCGGCAUUUUACUUUCACCACUGUAACCACUGCAACUGUCAAUAUCUCAGGUAACUGUAUACUAUAGUAAAGGUAUACUAUGCAGGACUGGUUGGUUUCUGUUUGUUAAUGGUCACCAGUCAAUACAAGGCAUUUCGCUUCGCUAUAUUUCCAUUUCUUUCGGUCGUGUCCACAGUUUUCAUAGCUUCCUCUUGGAUGCGUGCUGCUCUCAGUUCGGCACCUGGUCUCUACCUUUUUAUAAAAUCCUGAUCUCACGUGUGCGCUGUACCGAGGAACGCCCCGAACACAGCAAAACAAGAGGAAAAUACAGAGUCUCUGUGGGUCGUACCUGAUUGAGAGGAAUUACUUUUGUUUGAGUCCCUACAUUGUUUUUAGCCAGUUCGUUAACAGUAUACCUUCAACUGUAACCUCUGUUAGCCUUUUGUGACUUUGAAUGACAAUGUGUUUUCUGUCAUUGGCACACAGUAAUUCUGACCAUUUGCUGUGAAGUUGUUGGUGAAGGUUUGUUGAAGCUUCUUAAUUGAGCUGCCAUUAUAUUUCACUGUUAAUUUCUGGUUUGGGUUUUGUUUUGACCUAUGUCACAUGUCACUUUAAUGUUGUGUUCAAAUCAUGUCACAAUUCACUGACUCCAGUAUUCAUAGUAAAUGACAUAUAAAAUGUAAAUGAUACAUGAAUAGGCUGUCAUUUCAUUUCAUUUAUUUUGUCUUUUUUAAUUUUGUACUGAAUUAUAUUAUUUUUUACCAUGUUAGUCUUGGUCUUUCCAGUCACUGUGUUCUGUUUGCUUUACAUU